AUGGGUUUCAAUCAUGGCACGAGAGCCAGCGACUCUAACUUAGAGUCUACUCCACGUUCAAAUACUGGCAGCCUUACUGGUCCCUCGAAUGGAAAAUCGGCUCUCACAAACCCAGCUGGCCAUGUCGAGCUAUCCGGUUCCGGAGAUGGCCAUGCUACCGAGGACAAGCUCCCGACCUUGCUAGAACUUCUUGGUGAUUCCAGUCACAGCCGCAACCGCAGUCAUGGACCAUGCUCGCCGAGGUUCUGCCUUACGAAUUACCUUGGGAAUCUUGUGUCAGAGUUGGAAACUCCAAACUCCUGGGAAGACUUUUCAGCCAUGAUGACAGGGCAGAAAGAGACUUUGGAGGCUCAUGUCAAGUGCGGCUUUGACAUCAAUCAUAUUGAGAAUCCAGCACAACAACAUCCCCUGGAUCAUGCAUCACGACUUGGGCUGUCUGAAGUGGUCCGCGCACUGCUGCAUGCUAUGACAAAGGCCUCCUCGCCAUCAUGGGAGGAACAUGAGGCUUUGAAAAUUGCCAGCCAGCUGGGGCACGACGGUAUUGCUCGGGCUUUUGUCGAAUACGGGAUUUCUAAAGGCGCAACGGCAGAGGCGUGGAAUGAUUGUCUGCGUGUCGCAGUUCAAAAUCGGCACAUCGAAGUAGUCAAAUUGCUUAUUGAAGCUAAGAAGGGGCUGCUCGAAAAGGAACGGCAAUCAAUGCUAAUGGAGAAAGCCUGCGAGUUGAGCGAAACAAAUCCCCAGGAUCAAAACGGACUGGCAGAUUUGAUGAGCCUAUUUAGCAAGAACUCGAAAAUAAAAAGUCUGCCAUGGACAACCGCAGCCGCCAAUGGUACUAAAGCCAUCUUAUGCUUACUCUCAGAUACUGGUUCCGCCGAGUCGCCAAAUUUCUAG